AUGCCGAUCCAGAUCCAGUUCACUAUGAGCUUUCAGCCUGUAGCCAAGACUGUGGCAUUGCCAAAAGACUUUAUUCAAGAUACAACUGCUUAUUUCGAAAAACAAGCUAGAGUUUUUGAAACUGGCACAUUGUUACCCUACAGGGACAGUAGAGAUAAAUCACAGCGCUAUGUUAAGGUCCAAAAUAUUGUAUUUAAACGUCCUGGGUCAGAAAGAAUGACUGAAACUUCAGCACCCUCAAAGAGCACUAAGAGUGUCCACUGGAGUCUUCCAGAGAUGCCUCUUAGUCCCAUGUUAUUUUUUCAAGAUAUUCCUGAAGAUUCAACUCAAAGUUUACAAUUACAUAGCUACAAAAAAACAUCAGGAAGACGAGCAUCACCAACAUUUAAACGUGAUUUGUCAGUUAAAACUUAUAAAGACAGUGAGAAGAUUUCUGUAUAUGUCCUCAAGCCUACAAAUUUUAGUCCCGAAUUUAACAUUUCCCAUGUCCCUGACUCUGGCCGUCACUCUUACUCAUACAGGUACUUGCCAAAGAUUAUGGCCAUUGGUAUUAAACCCCAGCUGAUAACCACAGUGGGAGAAAUAACACCAUGGGCUCGGUAUACACAACGAAGGCCGGCGGUCUUCUUAAAUAUUAAUAAUUUUGCAGAUUCUAUUUCCCUACCCAAACCAAAAUCACCAAGAAGACCUCAAAGGCAGAUGUACUUAGGUUUACAUAAAAUUAAAGGUAAACUAGAUGAUUCAACAAAUUAUGCUGUACAUGGUGAAGGUUUUAAGAUGUUUAAGACUAUUGCAGCAACACAAUAUGAAACAGUACUAUCUAUGGUCAACUUGGCCAUACUUAAUUGUCAAUUAUUUGGAAGAAAUGCACUUAAUCUUAAGGGUUUUUUCAUUAUAAAUUGUCCGGACUUGACACCGUUGGCUCACCAAUUGGUAUAUAUUAACUUAUCAUUUAAUGAUCUUACCAGCUUUCCCACAGAAGUAUUUUGUGUUAAAAAUUUACAAGUGCUGCACCUGAGAAAUAAUCCUAUCAAAGAAAUCCCCUCUGCAAUUCAACAACUUAAGUUCCUUAGAAUUUUAAACAUGGCCUUUAAUUUGCUUACUUCUCUUCCAGCUGGGUUGUUCAACUUGCGUCGUCUCAAGAAACUUGAUAUUGCCUACAAUAAUGUUACUACUCUUCCACAUGAUAUUCAGAAACUCAGAUCACUUGAAAAAUUCAAUAUUGAUGGGAAUGAACUGGUAACUUUUCCAUCUGCAAUUUUGAAGCUUAAUCUGAAAAAAAUUUCUUUUGAAAAUAAUUUCACUCAUUACUUCUUUUGGAAACAGACUCUUCACACUGUUUUUAAGCCACAGCCUCUCACCCAGAUGGCUGCUUUGAUCUAUUUGAAAAAUAAAUUACACCUAUAUUAUGGAGAUAUUCCUGAAAUUGCAAAGCACUUAAGAUGGACAUCCACAUGUGAUUUGUGUUUGGGCCCCAGGUUCGGGGAAGGUUUCACAACAAUUCGAACCUGCAAUAUUUUUGGAGGAAAACACCUUCCUAUUCUGUUUCAUGUCUGUUCUCCUUCCUGCUACAACGACCUAAGCAAACGUGGUUCAUUUUUUAAUAAAUCACUCAUGUUUAAAGAUUGGUCUAAAGUUUGGGACCAGAGUGAUAGUACUGGAGCCAAGCCUGCAAUCUCCAAGCCCAAGCCUGUGACCCACACAUACCCAGCCAUCACAGCGGUGGGGGAGAAAGAUGGUGACUGCUUCUUCAUUGCCGGUAGUCAAGUACAAGAGGAUUUGAGGUCAUGCUUGGAGGAGUUUUAUGUGUGUUUACUGAGCUUCACCAACACAGGACAUCCAGAAAUGGAAGGAAGAGACUGUGGCUACUGGCCCGCGGCAGACAAGCAAAGAUCGAGGAGCUGGUUGAGGAUCAUAGGCAGGGGCAAUGAGGGCAAAUGA